UAUCUCUGCAUCUUCAAAGUUAGCCAGAGGUAGACCAUCCAAUAGAAAGAAAACUAAGCACAGAGCUGAGAUCCCUCUGCAAGAAAACUCACAAACCCAUCUACCUUUUCUCAUUUCUAAUAAAACCCAAUUCUCCAAAUCAAUCAAGAAACCAACCAUGAUUUGAGCGAAGCCACUUGCAGAUGGGUUUUAUUGCAAAACCCUUUUUCCUCUUCUCCUUCACUCUGUUCCUCUUAGCAGGUUUUGAGUUCCUCCCAUCUGUGAAAACCGCUUCAGAUAUCACUACUUUUGUUUAUAAGGGUUGUGCAAGUCAGUCAUUCUCGGACCCUAGUUAUUUACAAUCCCUUUCUGCGCUUUUCGCUUCUCUCACAGCUCAGGCCUCCAAGGAGGCCUUCUUCAAAACCAGCACAGGUGGAGGCCAAGUCACCAUUUCUGGUCUCUUUCAAUGCAGAGGAGAUCUCAGUAAUAAUGAUUGCUACAGCUGUGUGGGUAAGCUCCCUGAUAUGGCGAAUCAACUUUGCGGAAGUGCCGUGGCCGCACGGGUUCAGCUCUACGGUUGUUACUUGCUCUAUGAGGUUUCUGGGUUUCCCGCAGUCUCUGGUGUGGAGAUGCUUUACAAGACUUGUAGUGCUUCUGAGGCUGCAGGGGUCGGCUUUGAGGAGAGGAGAGACACGGCAUUAACUGUUCUUGAAAGUGGUGUGGCGAGCAAUAAUGGGUUUUACAUGACGAGUUAUCAAUCGGUGUAUAUGUUGGCUCAAUGUGAGGGGGAUUUGGGGAGUUCAGAUUGUGAAAAAUGCGUGCAAACUGCUGUGCAGAAAGCUCAAGUUGAAUGUGGAAGUUCCAUUUCUGGUCAAGUUUAUCUUCAGAUGUGCUUUAUAAGCUAUAGUUACCAACCAAAUGGAGUCUCGAGGAAAUCUUCUUCAGUAGGUGUAGGGCAAAAUACAGGGAAGACAAUAGCAAUUGUUGUGGGAGGGGCAGCAGCUUUGGGAUUUUUAGUCAUAUGCUUGACGUUCGUUAGAUCUUUGAUGAAGAAACAUGAUGAUUAUUGAAUAUUGAGAGGAAGAAAUGGAUUUUGGAGAUUAGUAUAUUUUUUUUUUUCGUUGGAGAAAAUUAGAUUUGUUUUAGUGAACCAAAAUUGUGGUGAGAGAGACAGAGAGAGAUGGGCAAACACUAAAUACACAGGGUUUUCUUUUUUGGUUGUAAAGUUGGGGAAGAAUUUGUUGGGAAGAGAAAGCAUUUGAGACUAGAGCUGAUUAAGCUGCUGGUUGUGAAAAGAUUAUGAUGUUUUGUCUUUUU